ACCCGGGCCUGGAGCCCGCGGGCAGCCACCGCAGCCGCCGCCGCGCAGGGCCGCCACCACGGGGUGCGGGAUGAGCUUCACCCGGAAAAGGGGUUUCUACAAACAGGACAUCAACAAGACCGCCUGGGAGCUACCCAAGACCUAUCAGACGCCCACGCACGUCGGCAGCGGGGCGUAUGGCGCGGUGUGCUCGGCCACUGACAAGAGGACAGGGGAGAAGGUGGCCAUCAAGAAGCUGAGCCGGCCCUUCCAGUCGGAGAUCUUUGCCAAGCGCGCUUACCGCGAGCUCCUGCUGCUGAAGCACAUGAACCAUGAGAACGUCAUCGGGCUCCUGGACGUCUUUACCCCUGCCUCUUCCCUUCGAAACUUCCAUGAUUUCUACCUGGUGAUGCCCUUCAUGCAGACAGAUUUACAGAAGAUCAUGGGGAUGGAGUUCAGCGAGGAUAAGGUCCAGUACUUGGUGUACCAGAUGCUCAAAGGUCUGAAGGUAGGUGUGGGUGGCCGGCACAGUGGCCAAGGGCUCUGUGGAGAGGUAGAGCAGGCUGUGAUGGGGUGUGGAAGCUGCCACCUCCAAUUCACCUUCCUCUCCCCCUUUCAGUACAUCCACUCAGCUGGCGUCGUCCACAGGGACCUGAAGCCGGGCAACCUGGCAGUGAAUGAAGACUGUGAGCUGAAGAUCCUAGACUUUGGGCUAGCACGGCAUGCAGACCCCGAGAUGACUGGCUAUGUGGUGACCCGCUGGUACCGGGCCCCGGAGGUAAUUCUCAGCUGGAUGCAUUACAACCAGACAGUGGACAUCUGGUCUGUUGGCUGUAUCAUGGCAGAAAUGCUGACGGGAAAGACCCUCUUCAAGGGGAAAGACUACCUGGACCAGCUGACCCAGAUCCUGAAAGUGACCGGGGUGCCAGGUGCUGAGUUUGUGCAGAAGCUGAAAGACAAGGCGGCCAAAUCCUACAUCCAGUCCCUGCCCCGGAGCCCCAAGAAGGAUUUCACCCAGCUCUUCCCACGCGCCAGCCCUCAGGCUGCGGACCUGCUGGACAAGAUGCUGGAGCUGGAUGUGGACAAGCGGCUGACCGCCGCCCAGGCACUCGCCCACCCCUUCUUUGAACCCUUCCGGGACCCUGAGGAGGAGACCGAGGCCCAGCAGCCAUUUGAUGACGCCUUAGAACACGAGAAACUCACUGUGGACGAAUGGAAACAACACAUCUACAAAGAGAUCUUGAACUUCAGUCCCAUCGCUCGGAAGGACUCUCGGCGACGGAGCGGCAUGAAACUGCAGUGACUUGUCCAGUCCCACCCGCAGCUGAGCCCGGGAGACAGGACACAGUUGGCCCCAGGACCAAUAUUUUUCUCACCGCUUAUAUCUAAGGGCUUACGGGAAUGUAGCCUCCUGAGCCGAGAGAAGUAUCUUCCAAUGGCUCAGUGAUCAGCCCUGAGGGAGCAGAAUUCCAACCUGCUG